GACGAGUGCCUCAUCCCAGAGUUAGCAGCAAGAUGCGCACCCGAUGCCGAGUGCUGCAAUUUGCCCGCUCACUACACGUGCAAAUGCAAAGAGGGAUUUACAGGAGACGGAUACACACAGUGUUCCGACAUCGACGAAUGCGCCGACCCGAACGCGUGCGGAAGUAACGCCAUCUGUACGAAUCAUCACGGCAACUACACCUGCGCGUGUCCGGAUGGCUUCGUUGGCAACCCUUACGAUGGGUGUGCCGAUUACGACGAGUGCCAGCGAGCCGACGUCUGCGGUCCCCUGGCCAAGUGCCGCAACCGCGAGGGAGGCCACGACUGCGAGUGCCCGCUCGGAUACGAAGGGGACGCUUACUCGAGGGCCGGAUGCCAGAACAUCAACGAGUGCGCGGGUAACCCCUGUGCAGCCAGCGCCAUCUGCGUGGACGGCGUCAACAACUACACCUGCGCGUGCCCGGCCGGUUACAUUGGUGACCCCUACGACAUGUACGGCGCCUGCCAAGACGUCGACGAGUGCCAGAGCAACCCCUGCGGUGCCAACGCCGUCUGCAUCGACAGCGUGGGCAGCUACUCGUGCCAGUGCCAAGAGUACUAUACUGGAGACCCUUAUAUCGGAUGCGUUGACAUCGACGAGUGCACGGCCUUCAACCGCCCGUGCGGCAUCAACGCCGUGUGCCAGAACGCCCAGCCGGGAUACACGUGCGUGUGCCCCCAGGGGUACAGCCCCAGCCCCACCCCGGACGUGGCGUGCAAGCAGUCCGCCGUCGACAUCCUGUGCCGCUCCAACUUCGACUGCGUGAACAACGCCGAGUGCCGGACGGGCGUCUGCUUCUGCCGCGACGGGUUCCAGGCCGCGGGCGCCGAGUGCCGCGACGUGGACGAGUGCCGGCUCUCCCCGUGCGGC